AUGGAUCCCGCGGCCGCCUCCCGGCCCCCCGCCCGCCGGCCCCGCGCCCUGCCGCGGAUGCUGCUGGCGUCCGCGGCGCGGACGCUGCUGUGGCUCGGUCCCGUCUACCUGGCGGGGUACCUGGGGCUGAGCGGCAGCUGGGUGCUGCUGGGGCUGGCGCUGUGGCUGUGCUGGGGACACAACCGGCGGUGGAAGCGCGGCCGGCUCGCAGCCGCCUUCGCGCUGCUGGAGGACGAGCGGGAGGCGGUGUGCCGGGGCCUGGCCGCCCGGCACCUGCCGGCUUGGGUUCACUUCCCUGAUGUUGAGCGGGUGGAAUGGCUGAACAAGGUUCUCGUACAGGCUUGGCCAUACUUUGGGACAGUCAUGGAAAAGGCAUUUAAAGAAGUUCUUGAACCAAAGAUCAGAGCAAAGAAUGUACAUCUGAAAACAUGCACCUUUACCAAGAUCCACUUUGGUGAGAAGUGCCCUAGAAUCAAUGGAAUAAAAGCCUACACCAAGGAAAUCAACAGAAGACAAGUUAUCCUGGACCUGCAGAUAUGUUAUGUAGGGGACUGUGAGAUUCACAUGGACAUAUCAAAAUUCAAUCUGGGAGUGAAAGGUGUACAGUUGUACGGGACGUUGCGGGUGAUACUGGAACCUCUUCUUACUGAUGCCCCUUUUGUUGGAGCAGUGACCUUGUUCUUUAUGCAGAAGCCGCACUUGGAAAUCAACUGGGCGGGCAUGAGCAACCUCCUGGAUGUCCCAGGGAUUAAUGUAAUAUCAGACUCAUUAAUUCAAGACUUCAUUGCUGCACGGCUGGUUCUCCCAAACAGGAUCACAGUGCCUCUGAAAAAGAACAUGAACAUUGCCCACUUGAGGUUCCCUAUCCCACAUGGAGUAAUAAGGGUUCAUCUGCUGGAAGCUGAAAACCUUGUUCAGAAAGACAGUUUCCUUGGUGCAAUCAGGGGGAAGUCUGACCCGUAUGCGCUGCUUCGCGUUGGCACAGUGCAGUAUCGAAGCAAGACAGUUUCCAGGGAUCUUAAUCCUAUUUGGAAUGAGACAUUUGAGUUUGUUGUUCAUGAAAUGCCUGGUCAAGACUUAGAAGUGGACUUGUAUGAUGAAGAUCCAGAUAAAGAUGACUUUAUGGGCAGCUUGCUUAUAAGCCUAGUGGAUGUAAUGAGUGACAGAACUGUUGAUGAGUGGUUUCCCUUAAGUAAGACAGCAAGUGGACACUUGCAUUUAAAACUGGAGUGGCUUUCGCUAGUAAAUGACCAAGAAAAACUGCACGAGGAUAAGAAGGGUCUGUCUACAGCUAUUCUGAUAGUCUACUUGGACAGUGCCUUCAACCUUCCAAAAAACCACUUUGAGUAUUCCAAUGGUGACUGUGGAGCAAAGAAGAUCAAAAAUAACAAGUACCUCAAGAAGAUGGAACGAGAACCUUCCUCCUUCGUCCUGCUCACAGUAGGAAACAAGACUCACAAAAGCAAGACCUGCAAUUUCAGCAAAGAUCCCACAUGGGGCCAGGCUUUCACCUUCUUUGUCCACAGUGCUCAUUCCCAGUCACUCCAUGUUGAGAUAAAAGACAAGGAUCGAGACAGUGCCCUGGGAACUUCUGUGGUGUGCCUCUCCCAUUUACUUAAGGACCCCAACAUGACUCUGGAUCAGAGGUUUCAGCUGGAUCACUCCAGUUCAGACAGCUUCGUUAAGAUGAAACUUGUGCUGCGGGCCUUGAAUGUUGAAGAACCUGAUCCACAAAGAGUCAAGGCUGGUGUAGGUGCCUCGAAGCAGGGUCCUGUGUGUGGCCUGGAGAAGGGGGGGAACCACCAUAAGUUUGCCUCCCCACCAAAAGCAGAAGUCUCAAAAGUACCCCCAGUGAGCAAAGACUCUGCAGAACCUGAAUCUCUGCCAAAACAGAAUGGCAAGGAAGACCCAGACACAAAUGGCAGCUCAGCAGAACCAAGUGAAACUGUUUCUGGCCUUAAUGAGACAGAGUGUGAGAACAAUGCAGAGCAUCACCCAUCGUCAGUGCCACUGCUCACCAGAGUGGGAGCUGUGCCCACGCUGCCGGUCGUGCAGGAAAUGAGGCUCGCGCCCAGUGUGGCUUCACUGGGCUCUCUGCCUUCUUCUUGCUUUGAAUUAAGUAGCAGCAAUCUGGAACUUCACAAUGGGACCCAGAUGCCUCUUGGUGAGAUCCAGCUGACGGUGCGCUAUGCAUCUGUUCGGCAGAGCCUGGUCGUGCUGGUCAACAGCUGCAGAAACUUGGUACCCUCUUCCAAUCGUGGGGUAGAUCCAUAUGUUCGCAUCUACCUGCUCCCAGACAGAAGGUGGACAAGCAGGAAGAAGACUUCCAUUAAGAAGAAAACUCUGAACCCCCAAUACGAUGAAAAGUUUGAAUUUUUUGAAUCUUUGGAAGAUGUCAAGAAAAGGACACUGGACAUUGCAGUGAAGAACAGCAGGCACUUCAUGUCCCAGGACAGGAAGGAGCUGGGGAAGGUGCGGAUUGACUUGUCGCAGGAGGAUUUAAUAAAGGGCUUUGCACAGUGGUAUGAGCUGACCAGGAGCAGACGCAAGAAGUGAAUGAGUGAUUCCUUCUCAUGUACAGAAGUUGCUAAUUUCUCAGCUUUCUAUGAAUGUACAUAUGUCUUUUGUAAGUAAUGUGUUUUGAACAGUCACUGCACAUUUGAAGCAGUCCCCAGCUCAGGAUGUGUACAUUUAAUGAUCAUACUCAGACAUUAGUUCUCACUGAAGUAAACAAACGCAGCCAACCCCACUGGGAAUAAUUUGUCCCUAAAUAAGAAAUCCCUUAUUUUUGCUGUUUCUGGCAUAUCUUCCCCCAAGGGCCCUGAAGUAGGAACACUCUCCUGAGGAAGUGUUGGACCUGGAGCCCUUUUAGACUGUCAGCAAAGUGUCAUUACUUCACUUGGCAGUUUCACUUCCCCAGGAUCCUUGUUCAUGUUGUUUUAACAUGAAAAUCAUAGUACUUGUGUUUUAAACAGCAUUCUUCAUCUGUAGGGCUACAGAAACUGUUGAAAGAGACUGUUUAAGACUCGAAUAGCAAUUGGUUUUGGAGAAACUAAUUGGAUACUCCACUGUUCAGAGGUAUCUCAGUGGUGUGGCUGCAGGUCUGUGCAGAAUGAGCUGCCAAAAGCAGGGAGUUGAGUUUACCACCCCAUCAUUAAGGUUUGUGAUGCCUUUUGUUCUUUGUUACAGUACAUUUCAAAGUCUUGUAAACCUUGAGAGUAAAUCAUUCUGCCUGAGGAACAGCAGAGUUUUGUAAACUAAAGCUUUAUUAAUAAAUCAGAGCAAAA